CUAUAACCUAAAGUGAAGGACUUAACGGCACGUGAAACGAAACUGAAAGAAGGAUGUCUAUUUAUGGUAUUUCCUCCUGACGGCUGAAAAAGUCGUUAAAAGAAGCAAAGUGAGACACAGACUCCAUUUUUGGACCAACCUGCAGAGAGGGACACUGACACCAACAUCUGGAUCUGAAAAAUGAGCUUUGAGUGGGUUGAAGAUGACGGUCUUCCUGCUGGGAUAUUUCGAGUCGACGAUGAAGGGCCAGAAGAUGGUGAAACCUAUGCCAUGUACCACGGCACCACCAGUGCGAACGCUCGAUCGAUCUUGGCUUCAGGUUUUUGCCGGUCUUCGGACGGGAUGCUCGGUCCAGGGGUCUACCUCAGCAGAGACCUGGAUAAAGCAAGUCGCUAUCCCAUGAAACACCCUGUGCAUGACAAGGUUGUCAUUAGGGUUAAGGUCAACGUGGGAAGGGUUAAAGCCAUCGAUCGUCAGAACCACCCACUUCAGAAGACCUGGCAUGACCACGGAUAUGACACCGCCUGGGUGCCGCCCAACUGUGGGAUGGUACGAAGUGGCCUGGAGGAGGAUUGUGUCUGGGAUCCGAAGCGAAUCACAGUCAUUGACAUCAUCAAACCAAAACCUGUCCAGGGCGCUGGAGGCAGCGCCUGGGGUUAUAGGAGAAUCUUUGAGAUUGAAGGACGGCCUGUUCCCCAUGAAAUGAUCUUUGUGGAUGAGGCAGGUUUUAACCUGACCAAAAGAAGGAAAAGGGGGAGGAACAUAAUUGGCCAUCGGGCUAUUGUAAAUGUCCCUGGUCAGCGUGGGGGGAAUGUCACUAUGUGCGCAGCCAUCAGCCAACGAGGGCUGGACUACAGGGAACCAGCACAGCCAGAGCAGCCUCACUACGUUGUUGUGUGGGAUAACGUCAGCUUCCAUCGCGCUGCUCUGGCCAUGGAAGAGGCCUGCCUAGACAUAUCAGUAGAUGCAUGCCAGGGGUGGAUCAGGCAUGCAAGAGGAUUUUACCCCCGCUGCCUGGCUGGGGCCAAUAUAGCCUGUGAUGUGGAUGAGAUUCUCUGGCCUGACCCAGACCAAAGACAAGAUGCUGUGAAAAUGAGCUUCCAGUGGGCUGAAGAUGACUUUCUGCCUCCAGGUGUGGUUCGAGUGGACCGUGAAGGACCAAGAGAUGGUAAAACCUACGUCAUGUACCAUGGCACCACCAGUGCGAAUGCUAGAAGCAUUCUGAUGACAGGCUUCCGUCAGUCUGCGGAAGGGAUGCUCGGUCGGGGCGUGUACCUCAGCAGAGACCUACAGAAAGCAAGCCGUUAUCCCAUCAAUCACCCUGAGCAUGACAGGGUUGUUAUUAAGGUAAAGGUCAAGGUGGGAAAGGUGAUCGCCAUCAACCAUCAGAGGCACCCAUAUCGGACAAGCUGGCAUGACUAUGGGUACGACACCGCCUGGGUGCCACCCAACUGUGGGAUGGUGCCAAGUGGCUUAGAGGAGAAUUGUGUCUGGGAUCCGAAUCGAAUCACAAUCAUUCGCACUAUUGAACCACAACCUGUCCAGGGCGCUGGAUUUGGUGCUUGGGGCUAUAGGUAAACUUCAGGAGCAGUUUCUGAUUAUUUUUUAUAUUCAAAUGUAUUUUUAUAUGUUUGGAUAAAAUAAAUGACAUAUUCUUCUGUAACUGUGUCAAUGUAACCUGAAGAAUAAACGUGUCAUUAAAGCCA